AAUGCGGUUUGCCUGGGAGCGGGGGACAAACCCGUGAGUGAAUAUAGAUCAGUUCUUUACUAUCAGGUCAAACAGCCACGUUGGAUGGAAACGUUAAAGGUAGCAGUCCCUAUUGAAGACAUGCAAAGGAUACAUCUGCGCUUCAUGUUCAGACACAGGUCAUCUCAAGAGUCUAAAGAUAAAGGAGAAAAGAAUUUUGCAAUGGCCUACAUAAGACUAAUGAAGGAGGAUGGGACUACUCUUCAAGAUGGCAUCCAUGAUUUGUUAGUCCUAAAGGGGGACAGUAAAAAAAUGGAGGAUGCUAGUGCUUACUUGGCAUUACCUUCUACACGUCAACACAUAGAAAAUAAAGGAGCAACCGUAGUCAGGAAUUCAAGUAUUGUAGGGGGGCUUUCAGUAAGCUCACGAGAUGCGUUUUGUAUUUCAACUCUUGUUUGUUCUACAAAGUUAACUCAGAAUGUGGGCUUACUAGGUCUCUUGAAGUGGCGUAUGAAGCCAGAGCUGCUUCAGGAGAACCUAGAAAAACUGAAGAUUGUGGAUGGAGAGGAAGUUGUGAAGUUUCUCCAAGAUACGUUGGAUGCCCUGUUUAACAUUAUGAUGGAACAUUCCCACAGUAAUGAGUAUGACAUCCUUGUUUUUGAUGCACUGAUAUAUAUCAUAGGACUCAUUGCAGACCGUAAGUUUCAACAUUUUAACACUGUUUUGGAAGCAUAUAUCCAACAGCAUUUUAGUGCAACUCUGGCGUACAAGAAAUUAAUGACGGUUCUGAAGACUUACCUGGAUACCUCCAGCCGAGGGGAGCAAUGUGAACCUAUCCUAAGAACUCUGAAAGCAUUGGAAUAUGUUUUCAAGUUCAUUGUUAGAUCAAGGACAUUAUUUUCACAGUUAUAUGAAGGCAAAGAACAAACAGAAUUUGAAGAAUCUGUGAGGAGACUCUUUGAAUCCAUCAACAACCUAAUGAAAAGCCAACAUAAAACUGCCAUUUUGUUGCAGGUUGCUGCCUUGAAGUAUAUACCAUCAGUUCUUCAUGAUGUUGAAACAGUCUUUGAUGCCAAGUUACUGAGCCAACUAUUAUAUGAAUUUUACACUUGCAUUCCACCAGUGAAACUACAGAAGCAGAAAGUGCAGUCCAUGAAGGAAAUAGUGCACAGCAACCUUUUCAAAAAACAAG